AGAGCAUCUGUAAUUGGUUGUAUAACUGAAGGCUAUGGAAGAACAUGUCAGUCCACUGGCUGCUACACAUAUUCUUCAACACACACUGAGAAGCCUGUGCAUUCAUCAAAAUUCUCAGUGGGUAUAUGCAGUCUUCUGGAGGAUCUUGCCUAGAAACUACCCACCACCCAAAUGGGAGUGGGAAGGUCAAGGGACUUAUGACAGAUCAAGAGGAAACAGAAGGAACUGGAUAUUGGCGUGGGAAGAUGGUUUCUGCAAUUUUGCAGCUUCAUCAUCUGUUUAUAAUGGGAAUUACUAUCAAGGGUUGCAACCUGAGCUGUUCUUCAAGAUGUCGCAUGAGAUCUAUAACUAUGGAGAAGGGUUGAUAGGAAAAGUUGCUGCAGAACGCAGCCACAAGUGGAUAUACAGCGAACCUACUCAAGAUCAAGAAAUCAACUUGGCCUCCGCGUCUGCAGAAUCGUAUCCAAGGACAUGGGAAGCCCAGUUCCAGUGUGGUAUAACGACCAUAGCACUGAUUAGUGUGACAGAAGGUGUUAUUCAACUGGGAGCAGUUCAGAAGGUGAUAGAAGACCUGAACUACGUGGUCCAAUUAAGGAGAAUGUUGAGUUACAUAGAGAGCAUCCCAGGAGUGCUAUUACCACACCCAUCAUCAUCGUCUUCGUCUUCUUUUUCUCAUGGAUUGGGUUGUGGAGUUUCAGAUCAACAACGGCCAGGGCCUGAACUUCUCUAUGACCCAUACUUGAAUUUAAGUCCUUCAAUGAAAAGCCUUGAGGCCUUGCUGUCUAAACUACCUUCAGUGGUGGUGCCGCCGCCGCCACGGCCACCACUUCCGCCACAGUCAGAGUCUCUGUUUUUAUCAUCUCAGGUGAUGAAGGAAGAUGUUGAGGAUGAAUAUAAGCCUCAAAUGAUGGAGAUGGGUGAGACAAGCAACUCCAUGCAUAAAAGGAAUAUGAUGGGCUAGUAAUUGAAGAGUACUGAUGGGGGAUUUUGAGUAAGUAAUUAAUUAACAAACCCAUGUUAGUAAACAUAAAUUUAGGCUUCUCAAUCAUGGGAGGGAUCAAAAUUAGUUCUGAGUUCUAACGUUGUUGUAAGUAGUUAAAUUAAGUAUUAUUGGAAUUAAUUUUGGCAUCUUGUGAUUC